AUGUUUGUUGGCUUUUUGAUGCUUUUUGCCUCCCGGGAGGUGAUGCAUUUUGCCCAUGAGCAAAACACGACGACCCUGGCGCCAUUCUACCUUUUUUUAUGUUGGCUGCAAACCCAAGCCAUUGCAGAGCACUAUAGCACCAAACUCUCCCAAGAGGACAACAUCGUCCAGGAGAGGGUGAAGUCUUUGGAAUCCGACCCUGAACUGGCCCCCAUCUUCGAAGACAUCAAGAAGAAUGGAAUCGAAGCAGCCAUGAAGUACUACCAGGAUGAGGAGAUGAUGUUGAAGAUCAGCCAGAGGAUGGGUGGUUUGCCUUCCGAGCUCUCACCCGUCCUGCAGAAGAUCGAAGACACGGCCAUGACCCUUCACGAAGCGGCGAAGAGGGGAGAUCUCAACGCGGUGAAGACCUUUUUGGACAAGAACAAGCCACUGGAUUCUCAGGACUACAAGGGCAUCACCCCUUUGGGCUACGCCAUCGGUGCCAACCGCAUCGCAGUGGUGAAGCUGCUGUUGGAUAGCCGAGCGAAUCCUUACUCCGUGGAUAGCUCCGGAAACAGCGGUCUUCACUACGCAGCAGGCUAUGGACGAAAGGACCUCUUAGAGUAUCUGCUGAAGGUUGGCGCCAACGUGAAUCAGCCCAACGCACAGGGCCUGACGCCCCUGGCGGCGGCCACACAGAAUCGACAAGAGGCCACGAUGCAGGUCCUGAGAGAACAUGGAGCGCAGGCUGAAGCAACGGCCCUUGAUGGUUCACUUCUGGAGGCGCAUUCCCAUGCGGUUCCGCCCUUGCAGCAGCCCUUGCCACCCCAAGGGCAGGCGGCGUUGGACGCGCCGGGACUGCCCUCGGAACGGGGAAUGGUGAACAUGAAACUCCAUGUGAGCAAGGACACCAUCGACCUGGAAAGGCCCCUGUUGCGCGACAUCAACAGCUACGCACAGGCCUACCCUGGCGCUCCCGGCUACGCAGCUGCAGUGGCAGCUCAUCACGCGCCAGGCUAUCCCCCGCAAUCCGCCCAGAGCUACGUGGGUCAACAGCCAUACGGCAGCCAGCAGCCUUAUGUGUCGAGUCAACAAGCGGCAGCCUACAGUGCAGGGCAGUACUCUGGGCAACAGGCGGCCUAUGCUGCCGGGCAGCAGGCGUAUCAGACCGCCGCCGCCACAGCCAGCAGCGGAUAUGGGGGCGCCUACCCACCACAGGCCCAGACUGGCUAUGGAGCCCCGCCGGGCUAUGGCGCUCAGUAUGGACAGCCCGCCACGGCCUAUCCGACCAAUCCGACCACUGCUUACGCGACAGCGGGAUACGGCUUGGGGCAGAGUCCAUACAACUACUUGCAGCAGCCCAGCACUAGCGCCUCCGGAGUGGUCGCCUAUGGAAGCUACCAAGGAGCUCAAAGCCAGGUCCCACAGGCUGCGACGUCACAAGUGCAGUACACGCAGCCUGGGCAGACUGAUCCGUCCGUUGCCACUGGAAGUUUGGCGGACCAGUCGCAACAGCAAUACCUGGACAUGGUGUGGCAGCUCUCAGACAUGUCUCUGAACGACAAGCAAACGUUGCCGGCGCCUCCAAACCAACAGCCUCCAGCACCGCCUGCG